UAAAAGUCUUCUCUGCAAACUCUAGGGUUUUGUGUCUACUCUCUGUCUUCGUCUCAGCAGAUCUCUCCGGCCUCCACUCGUCGGUCCUCUUUCAGGCUUUGCAAGAUGUUUACGUCAAGGAAGAAGAUUCACAAAGACAAGGAUGCCGAACCGACUGAAUUUGAGGAGUCGGUAGCGCAGGCUAUAUUUGAUUUGGAGAAUACCAACCAGGAGCUGAAAAGUGACCUGAAGGAUCUGUACAUAAAUUCGGCCAUUCAAGUUGAUGUCUCUGGUGGCCGGAAGGCUGUUGUCAUUCACGUCCCGUACAGGCUGCGAAAAGCUUACCGCAAGAUCCAUGUUAGGCUUGUGAGAGAGCUUGAGAAGAAGUUUAGCGGCAAGGAUGUUAUCCUGAUUGCCACAAGGAGGAUCUUGAGGCCCCCAAAAAAGGGCUCUGCAGCUCAAAGGCCCCGCAGCCGUACACUUACUACUGUCCAUGAGGCAAUGCUUGAGGACGUUGUAUUGCCUGCUGAGAUUGUUGGAAAGCGUGUCAGAUAUAGUCUAGAUGGCUCCAAGAUAAUGAAGGUUUUCUUAGAUCCUAAGGAACGGAACAAUACAGAGUACAAGCUUGAGAGUUUUUCUGCAGUUUACAGGAAGCUUUCAGGCAAGGAUGUUGUGUUUGAAUAUCCAGUAACUGAGGCAUAGAAUGGUGUGAUGUGAACUUUGAGAUAUCUUUUUUUACAGAGCUGCUUUUUAGUGGGCGUGCACUCCAAAAUUUUGGUUUGGACUUCCAUUAGAGAAAAACUUGCCGAUGGAUUUUUAUUUUGUUCUAGUCGACUGUACCGAUGUUGAACAUUGUUUUUUCGAUGUAGGGAUAAUCAUAUUUCGGAGAUAAUUUAUCGUUGUGAAUCACAUUUAUGAAUCUUUCUUUCUAUUUUUUAAGCAUGUUGCACCAUCUGCAAA